UGUAAUAAAACUUGAGCACAGCCUGUGUGGAUAAUCAGCAUUGCAUGAUAAGGCGGAUCGUAGUCAUGGACGGAACGACAGCCUACAGCACACCGAAACUGCCUUCAAACCUCCACGGUCAACUCACGACAGCAAUCGAGUACUGUCACAAACAGGGAUAUAUACUUAGUGAGCAUCAAAAGCCGAACAUUAUGAUUACGAAGGACGACAAAGUGUAUCUCAUCGAUUGUGAUUGGGAUGGACGCGAAGGCGAGGCCACAUACCCUUUGGCUGAGUCCAUCUCUGCCGGCAUUAACUGGCCAACGGAGGUGCAAGCCCAAGGAUUAAUAGGCCUUAGGCCUUAGGGCUGAUACUGAAACAACAUGAUCAUACUAUGGUCCUAUGGAUCAUAAGUUACUCGGAGAUGUUGAG